CGUUCGAAAUUUGCACUUGUUUGUCCUGAAAUUGACUUACUGCUUAUUGUCAUAUAACCCUUGAAAUUAUGGUCCAAAUCUCUGAAAAAAACGUGUUCGUAAAAACGCAAUUGUUUUAGAUAGUGGCUCAAAUUCUGUUAUAACUGCAUUACCGCCCUGUAAUACAGUAUCAACUACUAUCUCAAAAUAAUUUAAGUUCAGAUCUCACUCCUGUGAUACAUGUGAAAGAUGUUCUGUUAGAGAACUCUGAGUUCUGGAACUUGCAAGUCGGAUUACUCAGAAAAAUAAUCCAUACAUGUAUGGAUUAUUUUUAUAUUUCUCUGAGAGUAUAAUAUCAGUAUGUGAUUCAUUGGUACACUUAUAUUAAGAAUAAUUGGAGUUUUUAAUUCACUGACAGAGUUGUGAUAAACGCUACGGUCAAGUUCAUAAGAGGGGAUAAGUGUACGGAGACGUUGCCAAUCCAUGAACGUGUGUACCGCGUUGCGACGGGCUCUGUCCUUUAUUACUUGGAGGUUUUGCUGUUGAAAUCGUAAGACUUUAAGAGGCUGCCUCUGACUACAGGUAUUUGCGUUCUGUCCCUCUUGCUAAUUGGUAUAAUAUAAUGAGUAAUAUUGAGGUCAGACACAGCUACGGGUAAAGAGAGUAAGCCAGUGCAUAAGGUUGUAAAGCUUCAGUUAAGAUACGCGGUACUCAUACCAGGCAGUUGUUUUCCUCUUCCAGGAGUGUUAGCUGACAGUAUAAUGUUGAAAAAGUGGGAGGGUGGCUAAGUCAAAGUGCGGUGUCACUCUAUGAAAUCCUUGACUAUUGGUUCGAACCAUGUAGAAAGGUGUAGAGUGUUUGGUUGAAGUCUUCAAGACGCUGAGAAGCAAUGAAUUUAAUGUUGAUGAUGUAACUCAAACUUGUUCUCAUUGGUGCAGAUGCAUUCACUCUUUGUAAUAUCCGAGAUCCACUAGAUUCUCAUUUUUCUCCAUGCAAUUGAUAAUAUUAAAUAAGUCUCCCACACUAUAUACUAUAUACCAUAUACAUGGAACAAAAGGAGAAAACACAACCAUCAGCUAUUCCAGUGGAGGUAGCACAAGAAUAUCCAGCAAGCUUUUAGGUUUUGCACCUCUUCAACUUUCAGAUGAUUUAUACAAUGUAUUCAUCACUUGCUUAGGACAAAUGAUAGAUAAAUUUGGUGAGAAAGUUAUGCAAAAGUUUGAAUCAAGAUUUCCAACAGAGAAGAUUCAAUCGCUCACUUAUUAUCUAAAAGAAAAACUUGAAUAUCGUCUAUCAGAUAUGUUUGAUACAUUUGAGGCAUUUUUAGUUGGCAAAGUAUUAUAUCUACAUCCUUCAGUAGUACUUGAAGAUGAUGAGCCUCAGUUGACCUAUUCUCAAAAAACUGAAAAAUUUACUGACAAACGUAUUGAAAAAUAUAAAAAUAGGAUUAUAGUUCUUAAAAGUUGUAUAACAAAAAUUGAAGAAGAAACUGCUCAGAUCAAUUCAGUUCUUGAAACUAUACGAAAUAUGAAAAAUAAUAUUAACCAAACUGUGGAAAAACUAUGUGGCUCUAAAUCAGUUGAUGAUUUAUGCCGUCAUGUUAGUGAACGGAAUCAACGCAUAAAACAAUUAAUCAGCUCUCUAACCUCUGUUGAAAUUUCAACUGAUAGUAACCUUCAAAGGCAAAAGAGGAGAAUCAAACAAAAUAACUAAUAGUUUAUAUUUCUCCCUUCCUUUGUAAUUGUUUGAAUAGCAUAACGCGUGUAUAUAUUGCGCAAUAAAAAAUGUCUACCUAAUCAUAAUGCAUGUUUAACAGCUUUAGGCAAAUGAAACUUUUUUUCUAAUGUAAAAGUUUUAUUCAUGUAUAAUUUUUUCUUAAGUGUUUCUGUGUUCACACUGUGACAUUUAUUGUAUUAAAAUCAAUAAAAGCUGAAAAUUA